CUCUUCAAAACACCUUAAACCCACGUCGAUUUUUUUUGACCAUGCCUGCCGAUAAGAAGAAAAAGGAUCCUAUUUUAUCAUUCAUUGCCGGUACCGCCGGUGGUGCCGUUGAAGGUGCUGUUACAUACCCUACCGAAUACGUCAAGACACGUCUACAGCUGCAGGCCGGCGGUAAACUGCAACCGGGCGAAGUACGAUUCAAAGGCCCUGUCGACUGUUUUGUUCAAAUCGUCAAGACCAAAGGUAUUGGUCACAUUUAUACCGGUGUCGGUGCAUUGGUCAUUGGCAAUGCUGCCAAGGCUGGUGUUCGUUUCUUGACCUACGAUCAGAUCGCCGGUUUGCUUAAAGAUAAGGACGGUAAAUUGACCGGUGUGCGCAGUUUGCUCGCUGGUCUUGGUGCGGGUAUGACGGAAGCCGCUCUGGUAGUGACGCCUUCCGAGACCAUCAAGACUAAACUGAUCCACGACAAAAACUUGGCCAAUCCCCGUUUCAAUGGUUUGCUUCACGGUACAAUGACGAUUCUCAAGGAAGAAGGUAUCAGUGGUGUGUACCGUGGUUUGGGUCCCGUCAUGGCCAAGCAGGGUGCCAAUAGUGCAGUGCGUUUCAGCUGUUACUCGACCUUCAAGACACAAAUGCAGAAAUGGCGUGGUAAGGGUAACGAGCCUUUGCCUGCUGCACACACUUUUGUUGUCGGUGGUAUGGCUGGUAUUGUUACUGUGUAUGCAACCAUGCCCUUCGAUGUCAUCAAGACGCGUAUGCAGGGUCUUGAUGCACGUACCCUCUACAAGAACUCAUUCGACUGCGUCAUGCAAGUUGUCAAGAAGAAUGGCGUCUUCUCCUUAUGGAAGGGCACCACUCCACGAUUGGUUCGACUGGUGUUGGCCGGUGGUAUCACUUUCACUGUGUAUGAAAAGGUGUACCAAGCAUUGGAAAUGAUCAAAGGAUCUUCAUAGAAAUACUGCAUCUUUUUUUGUAAAAAAUAAACACAACAGCCUCAUCUAAUUCAAAUGAUUUAUAAUAAAAAAAAAAUUAGAAAGA